AUGUUAUUUCUAUCUAGGGAUGCCAUAACCCGGCAUGUGGAUUCAAAGCUGAGAGCUGGCAAUAAAGAGGCAACCGAUGAAGAACUAGAAAGAAUCCUUGACAAAAUAAUGAUAAUAUUUAGAUUUAUCCAUGGUAAAGAUGUAUUUGAAGCAUUUUAUAAAAAAGACUUGGCCAAAAGGCUUCUGGUUGGAAAAAGUGCAUCAGUAGAUGCUGAAAAGUCUAUGCUAUCUAAGCUUAAGCAUGAAUGUGUUGCUGCUUUCACUAGUAAACUAGAAGGAAUGUUCAAGGAUAUGGAACUUUCCAAAGACAUUAUGGUUCAGUUUAAACAGGAUUUCGCUGAUGAAAUGGUGAACUACUACAGUGUGCAGCAUACACACAUGUAUGCUCCUUUGACCAGUUCUCAGGAAUGUUUCCAGUGAUGGACCUCCUCCUAACGCUUUGCCCUUUUGGACUGGGGAAAGGCUGCC